AUGGCAUAAAAAGAACAAAAUGAGUUUAAUAAAGAUUCAAUUGAUGAUGAAACCGAUUUUGUGCUUGAUAAAUUUGCAGAAGGCUACAGAUUAGUUGAAAUCAAAGGGAUUGUAAAAAAUUACAUAGAAGCACGAUACUAAUAAACCUUUAUAGCCAUCGGAAGCAAUGACUAUAAAGUGUCUUAUUAUAUUUACAAAAAAUUAGAAAAAGUCUUAAUAAAAGCUUUAAAGAAUUUCAAUUAAGAGCCAGAUUUGCUAACUGAAUAUUCUAAGGUUAUGGUAUGAUUCUUCUUUAUAAUAGCUUUAUUUAUUAGAUAUCAAUCAAACAGUUUCAUCAAAUGAAAAAUUGAUGAUUCUCAAGUUACCAACGGAAGUUUAAGUUUACCCAAAAGUAGAAGAUAUCGAUUUCUAUUACUAUCUUCUCAAGUAUACUAUAUAGACACUAAAUAACAUUGGAGUAAUCUUGAUGAGGAGAAAGAAAAUUAGAGAGGCUGAAACCUAUUUAAUGAGAGCAUUGGCAGCUAGAAGUUAUGUGUUGGAAACUAAUGUUUCUUAAUUUUAGAUGGGAGUGUUGUUGGAGAACUUGGGUUUUGUUCAAUUGAAUAAAGGAGACAAAUAAGAUGCAAAAUAAUUUAUAACUAAGGCAUUAUUAAUAUUCGAAUAGUUGUCAUCACCUUAAUAUGAGACUGUUGAAGUUUGUAUAAACUAUAAAUUUAUGCUGAAUUUGGUUGAGUAUUUACUUCUAAUAUAUUUAGAAUUCUAUUUAAUUAGAAUGAAGAAUAAUUAUUAUCGCCGCCAAGAGAAAUUUAAAAAGAAAGGAUGAUUCAUUUACUUGCUAUAACAUAUAAUUAUUAUGGGGAAGUGUUUUAAUCAUUGAGCAUGCAGGAUCAAUAGAAAUUUUGUUAAGAACAAUUUUAAUUUCUUUGCAAUCUAAUGUAAAAGUUGAAUCCAAGAAUUGAAGCAAGAAAGAAAAGGGUUGAAAAUCCUUAACCUUAAAUCAAACCAGAAGUUGAUAAAUAAGCAUUUGAAAUAGCUAAACAUAAAAUAAAUUAAGUGUAAGUUAAAGUAGAGAAAGCAGAUUUGAAACAAAAUCAAUUAGGCAAUGAAAACUUUUAAAAAGAAAAGGAUUAACUUCCUUCACAUGUUAGGUUGGAUUAGGUUCUAUAUUAAACUUAUAUGUAAUAACAUUUCAUGAUUUUUUAGAUUGAUUCGAGCUUAAAGAUUCAAAGUUAUCAUUUUAUAAUUUGAUUUUUUUAUUUAGAUAAUUAUCUUUUCCAAACCUCUUAAUCUUGAAAAAAGCUUGUAUAUUGUUGAAUACGAUUUAACAGAAUAUCAAAAAAAAAAUUAUCCUGAUUCACAAAAUUCAGUUGACUAAUUAUGCGAAUUUUUUAAGAAGUAAAUCAUUUUAUUAUUUAAGAUUGAUUAAAUUGCUUUAUUUUUCAGAUAAUCAACUUCACAUCAAAGAUAUCAGACAUUUCCAGUCUAUAGAAGAAUUUAAUAAACUCAUAUGA